GUUGUGUGUAUGUGUGUUUAUGUAUUAGUGUGUAUAUGCAUAGACAUAUGUACGUGAGAGUGCGGCAGUGAGAAAGAAAGAGAGAAACAUACAGAGAAUUUGUAAUCAGAGCGACUGUCCCAAGCAGAGACGGGGCCAUCCUGGCAUGUGGACGCCAAUUCUCUCCUUUGUUACAGGCCAGACUCACCGAAGACUUAUUCUGAGCCACCAGCAGUUCGGACCCCGACUAGAAAUGUACUGCUGCUUCCAUUUUCGAUACAGUGAACAUGUUCCAAGAAGCCACACUUAACAGAUACCCUGCAAUCUGAUGACAACUUUGGUCUCUCUAUCCAGCAUCACUCACAUAUGGAAUGUUCCAACAGUCCUCCACAAAGAUGGCGAUAUUUACAUUGAAUACAAUUCUUACAUAUCCUGUGCAGUGCCAGACCCCAUAUUUUGACACGUAAAACUGCAAACUUUAAAGGAUAUUUUGUUGCUAGUUUUUUUUUAAAGAUUUUUUUUUACUGUUGUUAAUGUUGUUGUACUUGAAUGAACGAAUGGUUUAAACUGCAGGCAAUUCUGUCACCAUGUCUUCUGAAUCGAUAUAUGUAGUGCAGCCUGCACAUGAGACUUUACCUAAUGCAAAUGAGCAAAAUGCAUCAACUGUUACUGAAGAUCCUAUUGAGUAUAAACCUUUGGAUUUGCUUGAACACCUCAACCAAACAACAAAUGCGUUGGCUCUAUCAACAUCGCUGGCCACAAACGCGAACGCUUUGGCCACUAUAACUUCCACAAUACCCACUGCAAUGAUUAACAUGGGCUUGCUGAACAGUCGGCGUGAGAAGCCUUUUAAGUGUGAGGUAUGUCGCAAAGGAUUUACAUUGCGUGCAUAUCUGAAACGACAUCAGCAAAUUCCUGAGGUGGAAAAGCACUUCAGCUGCGCUUACUGCCAUAAGGUCUUCCCACAGAGAGACCGGCUGAAGAAUCACGAGCGGACCCAUUUGGGUGUUCGCCCUUACAAUUGUGCCUUCUGCAGCAAAAGCUUCUCCCGUAAAGACCACUUGAAAAACCACCAACGCUGCCAUACUGGCGAGAAACCUUUCAAAUGUGGAAUUUGCCAAAGAGCUUUCUCCCAACGAGACAGACUACGGAAUCAUUCUCGUACUCACACGGGUGAGAGACCAUUCCAAUGCCAAAUAUGUAAGAAAGCUUUUUCACGGAAAGACCAUCUGAACAAACACGAGCGCACCCAUGCAGGCGAGAAACAACACAAAUGCACAGUUUGUGGUAAGGAGUUCUCACAGCGAGCGCACCUUGAGAAACAUCGCAGCACUCAUGCACAUUCACACAAUGAGCUGCACAACCAGCAGCAUCUUAACACCACUGGUGCAACACUUCUACCAGCAGCCUCCCUCUCGUUGCAGCUGACAACACCACUGCCCAGCCUUACAACACAGCAACAACAGCAACAGCAACAACAUCAGUCCACAACCGCAGUGGUUGCAGCUGCUGGCGUGAAUUCCAACAAUGCUAACCUGACCGCUAAUGCUGCAUGUCUGCACCACCAAAUCGUAGCUUCGGGUAACCAGCAACAGCAACAACAACAACAACAGCAGCAACAACAGCAGCAGGCUUUGCAGACAACAACAAUGAUUACGUCGGCCCCUUUGGGCAUUGUCACCACAACUGGUUCAUACCGGCUGGAGAACAGCUAUGUAUGGGCUGGAGGGUUACCAGUGGCCACAACAUGGAAUGCUGGCUGUGCGGUGGGGACGACAAAUAGUUCGAUGCCUUGCUACACAGUUGGCCAAAUCAAGUGUGAGUACCCUGAUUCUGCUGAAGACUUCCAGACAGCCUUGCAGUAUGGCACCAACUUGGACUACAUAUCUUUAUAGUCUCUCGCUCGCUCUCUCUCUCUCUCUCACUCUCUCCCCCUUCUGUUUAAAUUUUCUAUUCUUUUUUAAAAUUUUUUUAUACAAAUCACAGUAGUUUUACAGCAAUCACAACAACAAAAAUGGAAUUAAACUUCCCUUUCCUGCAGGUUGGCAGGGAGAAAAAAAAAUUUUUUAAUUGAUGAAAUUAUAAAACUCAAUCCUAACAAAACUACAAAAUUC